ACCUGCUGAAUUUCUGAAUGAGGCUGUUUUGGGCCCUUAGCAAGAAGCAGCAGAGAGUUUAGCAGUUUAUUUCCAGCUUGGAGCUCUGCUGCCUGCUGCUGCUCCCAGCCAUGGCAAAGCCCAGCUGCCCCCCCGGGCAUCAUGGGUCAGGCUGUGAUGCAGGACUUUGCCCUGUGCCCAUGUCCUCCCUCCCAAGGAGGGACCCUGCAACGGGAAUUUACUGUGAAUUUGUGUUUUGGCUCUUACCUCUUUGCAGCAGGUCUCAGGGCAGAGCUGUGGUGGUCUUCUAUGCCUCCGGGAACAGCAUUGGGGCAGAGAGGUGAUGGAGAGCGGAAGCCAAGCGGUCCCCGGCCCGGGGGGGAAAGCACUGGCAGAGGCAGCGUGAGCCCUUCUUGCAGGCAGGGGGGAACGAGCCCCUUUCCACUGGCCAUGAAAUCAGUCAUGUCCAGCACCUUUCGGUCCUGCCUUCGUGUCUCCCGUUGGCUCACACCCCGACAGCACCGUCCGCAAGAGGAAACUCCUUCUGAAGGUGGGAUGGAUUACAGAGUCCCUGGCGCCGUUAGCAAUGGUGAAACAGUGCCUGCAUACCCUGGCACGGAAAAGGAGAAAGAGGAGGAGGAUCAGACUCUGGAGCGAGGGCAGUGGAACAACAAGCUGGAGUAUGUCCUGUCUGUUGCUGGGGAGAUCAUUGGCCUGGGAAAUGUCUGGCGCUUCCCCUACCUCUGCUACAAGAAUGGUGGAGGUGCCUUCUUCAUCCCCUACCUCAUCUUCCUUUUCACCUGCGGGAUCCCUGUCUUUUUCCUGGAGACGGCGCUGGGGCAGUACACCAGCCAGGGAGGGGUGACAGCCUGGCGCAGGAUCUGUCCUCUCUUUGAAGGAAUUGGCUACGCCUCACAGGUCAUCGUUGUGCUGCUGAACUUCUACUACAUCAUUGUCCUGGCCUGGGCCUUGUUUUAUCUCUUCAGUUCAUUCACCAUUGACCUCCCGUGGGGAAGCUGUGACCACGAGUGGAACACAGGGAACUGUAUGGAGCUCCAGAAGGCAAAUUCGACACUCAACGUGACCAGCGAAAACGCCACCUCCCCUGUCAUUGAGUUCUGGGAGAGGAGAGUGCUAAAGAUUUCUGAUGGCAUCCAGCACCUGGGCAGCCUGCGCUGGGAGCUGGCUCUGUGUCUCUUGCUGGCGUGGAUCAUCUGUUACUUCUGCAUUUGGAAAGGGGUCAAGUCCACAGGCAAGGUGGUGUAUUUUACAGCCACAUUCCCAUACCUCAUGCUGGUCGUUCUGCUGAUCAGGGGAGUCUCCCUGCCUGGGGCAUCCCAGGGAAUCCUGUUUUACCUUUAUCCAGACCUCAGUCGCCUCAGGGACCCCCAGGUCUGGAUGGACGCAGGCACUCAAAUCUUCUUUUCGUAUGCAAUUUGUCUGGGAUGCCUGACAGCUCUGGGCAGCUAUAACAAAUACCAUAACAACUGCUACAGAGACUGCGUGGCCCUCUGCUUCCUCAACAGUGGCACCAGCUUCGUGGCCGGCUUUGCCAUCUUCUCCAUCCUGGGUUUCAUGGCAGGGGAGCAGGGUGUGCCCAUCGCCGAGGUGGCAGAGUCAGGGCCUGGCCUGGCAUUCAUCGCCUACCCUCGGGCUGUGGUCAUGCUGCCCUUCUCUCCGCUCUGGGCAUGCUUCUUCUUCUUGAUGGUUGUUUUGCUGGGACUGGACAGCCAGUUUGUCUGUGUGGAAAGCCUCGUCACAGCUCUUGUGGACAUGUACCCCACCAUCUUCCGCAAGAAGAACCGCCGGGAGACCCUCAUCCUGCUGGUCUCUGUCCUCUCCUAUCUGGUCGGGUUGGUGAUGCUCACAGAGGGUGGGAUGUAUGUCUUCCAGCUCUUUGAUUACUAUGCUGCCAGUGGCAUGUGCCUGCUCUUUGUGGCCAUCUUCGAGACUCUCUGCAUCGCCUGGGUCUAUGGUGCUGAGCGUUUCUACGAUAACAUUGAAGAUAUGAUCGGCUAUCGGCCAUGGUCCAUCAUCAAAUACUGCUGGCUUUUCAUCACCCCAGCGGUUUGCAUGGCAACCUUCCUGUUUUCUUUGAUCAAAUACACCCCGCUGACCUACAACAAGAAGUAUGUGUACCCGUGGUGGGGAGACACCCUGGGCUGGCUGUUGGCCCUCUCCUCCAUGGUGUGCAUCCCGCUCUGGAUCAUCUACAAACUCUCCACCAUGAAAGGCUCCCUCAGAGAGGUGAGGCUGGUGCUCUGGGAUCAGGGCAUGGGCUGUGCUUCUGCAUUGAAGUCCAGCCUUGCAGGGGGAUCAUUUGUGUGUUGCAGGUUAAUUAGCAGGGAGCCUAGAAUAAAUUGAAUGAGUCCAUUGCUAUAACUGAGUGUUGGUUUUAUUAAGUUCUGCCUGGCUGGAGGGCUGCU